AUACAAAAAACUGGUCGCAGUGGUAGUUGUAUUACAAGCACCGGUUUCACAUUCUCUCCUUCGUUAUAAUAUCAGCGUCGCGUCGUGUUUUCAUCCAGUCCAUCCAACGCGUUCUUUCAUAAUAUUCAGUAUUACUCUAAAUAUCACGAGAUUAACAUCAAAUAAAACACCGGUGUUUCUUCUAAAAAUUUAUUAAGUUGUCAAAAAACUAAAUUUUAAAUAAAAAUGGCAUCAUUAGAAGCAGUUUUAAAUAAAAAAUACAAAUUAUCAUCCAGUGAAAAUUUUGAUGAUUUUAUGAAACAGCUCGGUGUGGGCCUUGUUACCCGUAAGAUGGGUAAUGCUGUGUCACCAGUCGUCGAAUUAACAAAGAACGAUGAUGAAUACACAUUAACUAGUUCAUCAACAUUUAAAAAUGUUGUGCUAAAAUUCAAACCUGAUGUUGAAUUUGAUCAAGAGACACCCGAUGGCCGAAAAGUGAAAGCUCUUAUUAAAAUCGAUGGUAAUAAAUUAAUUGAAACGCAAAAAGAUGGUAGUGGCAAAGAAACACUCAUCACUAGAGAAUUUACUCCUGAUCAAGUUAAAAUGGUGAUGACGGUCGAUAACGUUACUGCCACUCGAAUUUACUCAAUAGUUGCUUAAGUGUGUGCACAAUUAUAUUAUAAUAAAAUAUUUUGCACGUUUAUAUUUUUUAAUUCAAUGAAGAAUGCUGAAACAUAAAAUAAUGGAGUGAUAAAAAAUUAUUUACACUUUUUUGA